AUGCGAAUACCCUAGGCUUAUUUCGAAAGCAUGGAGAAGCGAUUUAAGAAACAAAAACAAAAUGACACUGAGGACUACAGUUGGAUUGAAAAUACUAACAAACCCUUAAUAGAAAGGAUUUCAGAGUUUGCCAAAUGCAAAUAAUUGCAAGAUCCUAAAUACAUACGCAUUAUAUGUGAAACCAUAGACAAGAUAUUGGAAGCAGGAGUUGCUUUAUUCUAGGAAUAAAAUUAAAAUCCAUGUAUUGAAUUACUUGGAGAAUGUGAUUCUAUUUAAAUUUGGAAUUUGUGUUUAUUGUGUUGUGAUUUUAUUAGGACUUGCGGGAAUCCUAAAAUAGGUAUUCAUUUAUCUUUGAUAGAAAGUCGAUAUGAUAUUCAGCUAUGAACAUCUGGUUACUUUGAUAUUUCACAACCCUGAUUACGACUUAUCUAAGAUUUACAAAAUUGUCCAAUGUAUGCAAUUCCUCUUAGAAUCCAUGAAUACCUCUAAAGCAUGUAAAUUUAAAAGUAUAAGUAUACAUAAAUCCUUUAGUUGAAUUUUUUGAGAGAGUGUUAUUAAGAUUCAUGUACAUCAACGCAUUCUUCUAAAAGAGCAUCUAUAAUCUAAGCGAUUAAGAUUAAACAGAAUUGUUCUAACUCUAAAUGGAUCAUUGCAUUUUGAAGUUCACCUACCCUUCUGAUGACAUGAUCUAUUAUACAAGAUAUUUAGAAAUGAAUAAUCUUAGAAAAAUAUUAAAAAGUCCACCUACUACCCGUGAAGUUUAAUUUGAUUCCACCAAAAACCCUUAUGAGCAAUCCCUUUAAAUAGUUAAAGAGAAUAACCUUUAAAAAGAUAGUAUACUUUUUGAUUAAGUCUUCAUUCGAUUGUUAAGUCAUUAUUCUGGCAAUGAACUAUUAAUCUAGAAGAUGUUUAUCAGCAAUUAUAUCUUUCAUUUCAGAUGUGCCUUCCAAGAACUUCAAUUAAUCAACAACAAAUUAAUGUUUGACAUCACAAAUAGAUUAAUAGAUUAAAAAGAUUAUCUAUUUUUAUUAAUUAGAAUGAUAACUAUCAAUAAAGAAGAAUCACUAAAUGAUAUUAUGGUGUAAAGUCUUCAAUUUAUAAAAUCAAAAUAAAUAUAGCUGUUUGAACAUAAUACAUUUUUAGAAAAGUUAUGGCUAUUUGAGCUUCAAGGAAUUCAAGACUCCUUGAUGGAAUGGAAACAAGAACUAUAAAUUGCAGAGGGGAGUUUCUAUGAAAUUAAAUUGUCUUUAAGUUCUAAAUUUUAAUAGAUAUUCUUUUAAUAAUUGUUAGAUUAGUAAUUUACUUAACUCUUCAAGAAACAACCAAAUUAUCAACAAUGGAAUUGCAUGAUAAUUCAAAUCAUCAAGAAAUCAUUUUUGGAAGAUGGAUCAACUAAAUUACCCUAUCAUAUUUUGAAUCCCUUAUUGACUUAUUCUGUGAACUUGAUAAUUGAACUUCCUGGAAACAAUCAAAAUUAAUAAUUAGACUAUUAAUUAGAAACUUAAAUCAUCCAAGGCCUAUUAGAAAUCCUAAAGAAUUGCUGUAAAAAAAAAUAACUCCAACUUCAAAUUCGAGGCUUUCAAUUACUUAAUCUACUAAUUGCUUAUUAUAAAUAAGAAUUUGAUUAAGUUUAAAUCUAAAAUGCUCAAUCCGAAUUCAUGAUGCCUGUUCCUGAAAGGUAUCACAAAUUGUUAUCAGAUAUUUGGUCGAAUAAAAUAUUGGAAGAUACUUUGCAUAUUAACUCAUAACUAAAUGAAUAACUAUACACAUAUUUGAUAACUUUGUUAGCUAUGAAUAUGGGAGAGAACCCAGGCAGAGUCAGAGAAUUCUAUGAAAAUAACAGUUUAUAAUGCUUAGUAUAAAGAAUAAUGGAGCUGUUGAAGAUAUGUUCGCGAGGAUCUCAUUUGAUUGUAACCAUAAUUAAUUUGUUGAUUGCUAUCAGCACAAACGAAUAAGCUAUUUCAUUGGCAUUAUCAUCAAAUAAUGAAAAAGAUCAAUAAAAACAAGAUAAUCUAAUUAAAUAGAUAUUUGAUAAAUGUUAUUUGCCGUCAAUAGAACUUCUACAUGACCCAACAGUGAGUGAGGACUUUGCUAAAAAGAUCAUUAUGCUAUAUAGCCAAAGUCUAUUGGCCAAAAAGCAAAUUGAAAAAGUGAUCGAAAAUACCUUUGUAUCAAUAUCCCAAUUGGUUGAUUUGAGCAAAGAUAAAAUUGAAGAUAUUGUAAGCAAUCAAGAAAAGUUAUCAUCAUUUUAUGGAUAUUCUAAGAGUCUCCAAGCUCUGCUGUAAUUAUUUAUGCAACUACAACCAGAGAAGAAAUCAUCCUCGUAUCGAUAAUUUUAAGGAUAUGAAGAAUUAUAACUGGAAGAGGCUUAAAGACAAAAAGAUCACUUAUUCAAUUCAUUGCUAAAGAACCAAAGGUUUGUUGAAGCCUUGGAAAAGAUUAUAAUGAGUCCAAUUCUCAUUGGAAGUAAGAACAAGGACAAGUAUGUGGAACAUUAUGUUGGAAUCUUGUGCAAAAAAAAUAAAUUGAAUCCAUUUACUUCCUUAUGGAAAGAAUUGGAUCUGAUAUCAUAGAAUUAUAUGAUUAUUGGAGAUCAAAAAAUCAUAGACAUAGGAAAACUAGUUGAUUACGAUGCCUUAUCAGUUCACAUGACUUAUAAGUACUUCUUUAGAAAGAUCAUCAAGCAUAUAUCACCUUAAACUUAUAGAGGCUUUUAUAUUUUGAGUCGCUUCCAUCUUAUUCAUUAUUUGAUCAAGAUUUGUGUAAGUCAAGGAGGAAUAUAGUAUUAGGAUAUCAAUUUGCUAAUCCCUCAAUUAUUACAAAUAUAUUUCUUGUCAUCACAACAUGCUGGGUUUCAUGAAUCUAUCAUGAUGUUCAUGGCAGCAAAAUCUCAGAUUUAGAAAUUUUAGAGUAGUUAUGAUGAAGAUACUCAAAUAAGAAGGAGAAUUAGCAAAGAUAACUUAAUACCACUUCAAGAGUCAUGUUUGGAUUUAAUAAAUAAAUUAUAGUAAUAGGCAACUGCAGAAUCAAAAGAAUUUCUAAUUAAAAAGUAUGGAGAAAUAACCCAGUUAUUCUUUGUUAAUUUCAAUGAAAAAUAUCAAUAAAUUAAAUAAUCUCAAGGCUUAAAACUAAUAUCACAUGUUACUUAUAUGCAGGAUAUCCUUAAAUCAUUCAAGUUCUUUUUGAAUCUAUUUCAAAAUUUGGAACAACAAAAUCAACCCAUAUCAUUUACUUUCAUUUGCUAUCAAAAUAAGUCUUUCUAUUUAGAUAUAAUUGAUAUGAUGAAGUAUUUAGAUGGUAUCUAAAAAUUACCUUGUAAUAACAACAAAGAAUAAGAGAUUGUUAAGAAGAUUCUACCUAGUUUUAUUGAAGCUCUUAAUUUACACAUAGAUAAUAUCAUCAAGCAAUCAAUAUUCAGAAAAAUGCUUUUGGAUAAAAUUUAAUUGUCUGAUCAUUGCAUCAUUGAUCCAUAAUAGUUAGAGUAAGUAUCCAAUGAAUUAAUACUGUCUUAAACUCAUUUGCUAAGAUAGAUGAUUGACUUACUACUUUAGAGCAAUUGUGAAGGCCCAUUAAAGAAUUUAUUUGAACAACUUAUCCAAAGGUUUUACCUAAUGAAAGACACUUAGAUCUAAGACUUCCGUAAAGUAGGUGGCUAAGAAUAGAAGGAUCAAGUCCUUGCUUAAAAAGAACUAAUUCAACUAUUAUAGGGUAAUGAAGUAAAGGAAUAGAAGAAGUCAAUAUUUGAUAGACCAGAAAUCAAAUUGAUUUUGGAUAAAAUAUGUGAAAUGGGAAUUAAUUAGAAAUUAGCUAAGAAAGCCAUUUAAAGAGUGGAAAUUCCAGAGCCAUCAAUGAUUGUAGACAUGAUAUUUAAUGGAAGGAUAUCUGACGAUGAGGACGAUUUAGAUGAUCUACUAUUUGAAUCAGAAUUGAAAAAUGAAAAUCCAGAUACUUAAGUAGUCAAUUAAUAAAUCUAAAAUGAAGUCAAGAAUUAACCUGAAUAAGAAUAAAACUAAAAGAAUAUGACUGUGAUUGAGAGUGAAACCUUUUUGAAGAUAUUAAAUGAAAAUUUCCCCUUAUAUGAUCCAUAAUUGUCAAUAUAGGAUAGAAUUGCUUAGUUGAUAAAUAAUUUCUAAUAGAAAUUAGAUGAAACAAUCAAUUCACUUUUAGAUUAAUAACUGACUAAUUAAAGACCGAAUAAUACUCAAUUAGAAUAUUUAUUCACAAUUGCAAAAAAAUAAUAGCACAUUCAAAAAAUAUUGGAUUAUAUCUUUGUAUCACUAUAAGCUAUGAGAUAGGUGUAAUAGACUUAAGAUUUAAAUUAAAAAAUGAACUUGUUUUACAAUGCUUUAUAAUGGUUAGCACUCUUAUAAUAAAUAUCUUAAUAGGAGCAUGAGAAAAUAUAUUAAAACGUGGCUCUAAUUGAUUUGGAACCUUAAAAAGAUUUAAAAUUUGUAUUAUCAUUUUAGGAAAUGAUUAAAUUUGGAUUUGUUUUGCUUUAGGAAAUAAAUGAUCAAUUUAUAAUCUACAGUCAAAAUGAAUAUGAACAAUUAAAAUAAAUAAAUGUUAAGGAAUUGAGCUAUGUUGAAAUUUUUAAAAAGGCCUAAUAAAUAACAAACGAUCUGAAUGUUUUUUAUGAGAUUAAAUAUAGCACUCUGAGAUUAUUUUGCAAAGAACUAUAAGAAGCAUAGAAAUACUUAACAAAAUUUGUGAUGAAUUUAUAAAACAAACAUGAUCAAUUAAUAGAGAGAUAUUGGAAUUAGAUUGAAAUAUACGUGUAAUUCUUAACUUAAAUAUGCACAGUUAACUUGCAUCUCUAAGAAGAGUCCAACAAUGCUUAAAAUCUACUCACAGAUUUUGAUACUUUUAUAAAUAACGAUUAUUCUUUAAAAGAAUAGAGAGACAAUAAUCAAAAUAGCAUUUGCUUAAAAUAAUUGAUCGAGAGAAGAUUCAUUUCUGAUAAAUCAGUAAUCACUUAGCUGCUUUAAUGUUUAAACAACUUUGGAUUGCAUAAUCAAAACAAAUUAUAUCAAAUUCUUAUGUAGAAAUAAAAACAAGAUAACUAAUCAUUGUUGGAUGUUUUAUUGCAUUACAAAAUCUUUUCAAAUACCAAUGAAUAAGAAGAAUCAUAGCCAGUAUUUUUAGAAAAUCUAUUGUAUUUGAUUGCCAUUGACAACAGAACAGCAAAUGAUCUAACAUUACUGAUUUUAAAAUAAGUUAUGCUGAAUGAACAUAUUGAUUGGCAUGCUUAAUAAAUUAAGGGCCUAGAUGAAUUAAACUAAGUUCAGAUCCCCCAAAAAUAUAUUGAAUGCCCAUUACAAUAUUUGCUAUAGUACUAUCCUGUUUUGGUUAAUAAUCCAAUAGUUUAUAGCACCAUUAUCGAGUAACAAGGUCUUUCAAUUACUGAUAAGUUUUGCGAGUUAUCAAGAAUUCAUGCAGCUAAACAAUCCUCUUUGUAAAUAACUGGGAAAUUAACAAAGGAAUAAGAAAAACUAUUAAAGGAAAAGGAGAAAGAACUUCUGCAACAGACAUAAACUGAUAUAGUAAUCAGAUAUGAAAUAGAUCAUGUGAUAGAACCGUAAUUAAAUUCCAAUAUAAUAAAUUUGAUAAACAUUAUAGCCUAAACAAUAGUUGACAGAUUCUUUGAAGAGAACUUUGUUGAACAAUUAUUCAAUAUCAAAUUAACAAAAUACAAAGAGGAAAACAGAUCUUUCUUGUAUGGAUGGGAUCAAUUAUUGAGAAUAAUUGAGAUGCUCAUAAUCAAGAUUCCUUAAUUGAUAUUGUAUUUACGACAAUUGAAAGUAUAAUUGCCUGUUCAAAUUAAUAAUGAAGACAGAUAAGUUACCUUCCUAGAAUUCAUAAUUAAAUAUAUGACCUGGGUAGGAAUUGAUAAACUGUCCAGUUUUAUGAAUAAUUACUUAAGUGAUAUCAAUCUGCUCUCGGUUGGCUAUGGCGUAACUUUGGGCUAAGAGGUACUCUAAUUAUUAUUGAAUGAAUUGAAAAUUGAUCACAAUAAUAUUUUAAAGAAAUAUUAUCAUAUUUUGUAAUUGCUCGUACUUUUCACAUAAACAUUAACCCUUCAAAAUUGUUUAUUAAUUUUGACUGAUUAACGAUCACAAUUGAAUAUUGUCCCUAAAAUUAUCAGUACAUUAAAUAGUGUUAGAGAAUGUGAAAAUAAACAAUUUGUCAAAUUAUAUCAAUAGACUAUUGCCAAAGUAUUGGAACCAUUCUUAUAAUCUCAGGUCUAUUUUGAACAUAUCAAAUAAGGAAGAUAUGGAGACAUAUUUAGAUUACAACAAAAUAUUGCUGAAAAUUCCUUCUAAUUUCAUUAUAUCCAUUGUCUAAGGAAUUAAUUGAUUUCUUAUCAAUUAUACCCUAGUUUUAAAGGUCUUCCAGGUUCAGCUUAGCAUUUUGUAUCUCAUCCUUUAGUCUAACAAACACUGAAGGAUGAACAUCAAUAAGAAAUUGUUUGGCCUUUAUAUCAAUCUAGAAAGAAUUUCAAUAAUCAGAGACAAAAUAAUCAGAAACAGUAAGAUGAAGACUUGAGUGAUUCUGAUUCAGAUUAGGAUAUUUUAUAAAUAGAGAACGCUCAAAUCAAAUAUAAAGCUAAUUACUCAAAUAUUAACUCUUGGGGUGACUAUUAUUCCUACGAUAGUGAUUUUAUGACCAAAUGCAGUGUAAAUAGAGAGGAAGAGAAACAUCACAAAGAAAAUCAACAGAAUAUCUUUCCAUAAAAAGACUUGAACAUCCUCUUUUGUAGUCUAGAUCAAAAAUUCUACAAUUUCCCAUUACCUAAUUUUUAAAUUACAACCCAAAAUAUAGUCUAUUAAUAACGUGAUUACAAAACUUGGAUCACUUCUGUUGUUGGUCUUUAUUUCAGUUCCAAUGAAUAUUUUGAGAAUAAAAAAUAAUUAAUCUCUAAAGCUUAUGAAACUCAAUUAAAGCAUACUGUUGAGUAUAUUCACGCUAUAACUAGAUUGCUUCUCUCAUAAACAAUCUAUCAUAUUAAAUAAUCUGAAGAAUUACAACAAUAUUUAUCCUAUUAUUUAAAUGGAUCAUUAAGUUAUUUGCAAAUCCAUUCUGGAAUUCCAUGCUUUUAUUCCAAAUUUGGUCAAGCACCAAAUCAACUUUAGCAAGAUUACUAAGCAAACUCCUUAUCAGUCAAUGUCAAUGAGUCAUCUUUAUAAUAAUACAGAAUUUUAACCUAAAUCUCUUGCAAUGUUUUACAAAGUAGAGUAGUUUUGAAUGGAAUGCCGAAUGAUUUACAAGAUUAAGGAUAGCUAAAAGCCAAAUUAUAAGGUAUACUAUAUCCUGAAGAAAACAUCAACUUAAAAGGAAAAUUAAUAGAUAUCCCAAAGAGAGUUUUGAUUCUCCCAAAUGAGUAGCAGCUUCAAAUUACUGACAAUAUAUUAUUAGAGAUGUUGAUGUCUCUACUGAUGGAUUAAAAUAGUUUUAUAUAAUUUCCUUUUAAUCUCUUACGUUAGAUUAGUAAGUGUUCUCGAUUGGGAUUCAAACUACUUAUCCAAUUACUCAUUUUAUAUUAAGAAUAGAAGAACAACUUAGAGCUUACACUUAAAAUUUUGUAUUUAGUGAGUUAGAAAAUUCCAUCCAAUAACUUAAGGGAUCUACUUUCUGAAUAAUUAUCAAUCAGUCCAAUUCUUAAUAAGAGAGAAAAGGCUAAUUUAGCUAAAGGAUAAUAAAUUAAAGAACAAUUUAUAAUAGAAGAGGAAAACAUAGAUGAAUAAUCUUAGGAUGAUGAUCUUGAAAAUCCAUUGGUCUUUUUGAUUAACCAAAUUAAUAUAUAUUGCGAGAAAAAUAUUUCAUUUAUGACACUAUUUCAUAAUGCUGAAUCCCACAUACCAAUCGAGAAAAGUAUUUAAAUUAUUUAUUAUCUCUAGAUAUCCUGUUGACUCCUCUAUUAGCUAAUCAAACCAACUUGCAUCUGUCUUACUUAAUUUAGAUUAUACGAGGAUCUCUAAUGAUCACAACAGAAGAAAAGGAAAAAGGGAAAAAGGCUGAUGAUGAGAAUCUUUAUAAAAUUAUGAGGAGAUAAGCAGCUAUUUAUAAUGGUGGAAUAGAUGAAAGCAAAAUUUUUGAUUUAUUCUCCUAACUAAACAGAAAUGAGGAUACAUAAUUCCAUGAUUUAAUCUUCAAGUAAUAUGGGGAUAAAAAUCAAGAAUCUUAAGAUACUUGGGACUAGACAUCCUUUACAUUUAAAUCACUUUAAUUUAGGUAAAUUGAGUAGUAAUCACAAAUCAGAUAAGCAUCAAAUGCAUAAAUCAUUUAAAUGUAACCCCCUUAGGCUCCUUAACCAAGAUAAAUUAUCCCUCCAUUUCCUAUAUCUUCGAUGUCAAUCUUACAACAGCAUUAGUAAUUACAACAGUUUUAAUUACUUCGAUAACCUCCAUAAUAGGGAUAAUAAAUGAACUAAUUAAAGAUAGCUGAUGAAAAACAGCAAUAACAAUAAUAAUAAUAAUAAUAAUAACAAUAAUAAUAAUAAUAAUAAUAACAAUAAUAAUAAUAAUAAUAAUAAUAAUAAUAAUAAUAAUAAUAAUAAUAAUAAUAAUAAUAAUAAUAAUAAUAAUAAUAAUAAUAAUAAUAAUAAUAAUAAUAAUAAUAAUAAUAAUAAUAAUAAUAAUAAUAAUAAUAAUAAUAAUAAUAAUAAUAAUAAUAAUAAUAAUAAUAAUAAUAAUAAUAAUAAUAAUAAUAAUAAUAAUAAUAAUAAUAAUAAUAAUAAUAAUAAUAAUAAUAAUAAUAAUAAUAAUAAUAAUAAUAAUAAUAAUAAUAAUAAUAAUAAUAAUAAUAAUAAUAAUAAUAAUAAUAAUAAUAAUAAUAAUAAUAAUAAUAAUAAUAAUAAUAAUAAUAAUAAUAAUAAUAAUAAUAAUAAUAAUAAUAAUAAUAAUAAUAAUAAUAAUAAUAAUAAUAAUAAUAAUAAUAAUAAUAAUAAUAAUAAUAAUAAUAAUAAUAAUAAUAAUAAUAAUAAUAAUAAUAAUAAUAAUAAUAAUAAUAAUAAUAAUAAUAAUAAUAAUAAUAAUAAUAAUAAUAAUAAUAAUAAUAAUAAUAAUAAUAAUAAUAAUAAUAAUAAUAAUAAUAAUAAUAAUAAUAAUAAUAAUAAUAAUAAUAAUAAUAAUAAUAAUAAUAAUAAUAAUAAUAAUAAUAAUAAUAAUAAUAAUAAUAAUAAUAAUAAUAAUAAUAAUAAUAAUAAUAAUAAUAAUAAUAAUAAUAAUAAUAAUCCAAAAAUGAGGAAAUAGACCAAAAUGAAUUAAAUUAAUAAAUCCCAAAAAGAGAAAGAAAAGUUAGUGCCAAAAUUUCUCAUGUUGAGAUUGAUAUCAUUUCCUCUCUAUGCAAAAAUUUAAAUAAUCCACUCUUGAGAGAAGGAAAUUCCAAUGAAAUCAUUAAUAUUCUAAACUCUUAUGCAAAUGAUAAAUUAAAAAUUGAACAUGCCAUAAAUGAAUUAACCAAAUAUAUCAUUUAACAAUCCAAAAUUUUCAACUUUGAAUUAGACAAAAAAAGAAAAUAAUUAAGAGAAAUUACAAAACAAAGAGAAAAAAUUUAGGAUUAUGAUCCUGAAUAAGCAUAAUUUUUAAAUACUUAAGAAAAUGAUAUUAUCAAAGAGUUGAACUAGAAAAUUCCAGAUCCAAGUAUCAUCCAAAGGUGCUUUGUUGCAAUAACAGGAUUCCUUAAUCUCAAUCUAACUUUGACUGAUUAAUAAAAUAAAUAAGUUAAUAAACCAAGUUCUACACAAACUAGAUAAUAAAUUUAAAUGGAUAAAAAGAAGUAUAAAUUAACUCAGCAGGGCAAAAGCGUAGACUCUUCAAGCGAUUUUGACACCUAAGCAAAAAAGGACAUCAGAGCUAGAUUUAUUAAUGUUCUAUAAACUAGAUAAACCCAUCAUUUAUGGCUGAAUGUUGUGGAAACAUUACUAUUGAUUUUUAAUUACAAAGGGUCGAGAUCAUUAGAAUUACUAUAAAAGAAGCUCUAUCCUCUUUUGGAAUGUUUCUUAAGGCUAUAUCAGAAUGUUCAUGAAGAGUUAAAUUCCUAAGAGCAUUCCGAGAAAACUAAUGCAGAAACAAACUUUUUUGAGAGAAAUUUAAGUGGUUCAGCAACUAAUUCACUUUAAUUUGGUUUAUUAUAAACAUAAACAAUGCAUUUAAAGCGAUCUUUUUCAUCAGUAAGAAACGAGAAUGAAAUGUAGAUGAAAAUUGACGAACUAUUCACUUAUUUAUGCAUUAAUGGCAAGAGGAUUAUCAAUUAUUUGAUUAAUCAGAGGUUAUUACAAAUAACUUAUGAUCUAAAAUAGAGUCAUUCAUUGAAUCCUAUAAAAUUAUUUAAGGAAGCAGAUCCAUUGGGCUUUGUAUUUUUUAAGAUGAGCUAAAUUGUUUCUUUUGAGAAUAAGAAGCAUUUCUUUGAAAUGGAUUUGGAAACUUUAAAAAUUAAUGACAAACCCAAUUCAAGAUCAAGAGGAAGAUAAGGUGAAACCAUUGAAUUUAAUGUUGUAAGAGAAACAAGAUUGUAAUAAUCAUUAGAAAAGGUAUUGUAAGUUGAAAAAAAUAAAUUUAGAAAAUGUGAAAUUAAAAUUAGAUAUCAAGGGGAAAGAGGAUAAGAUGAAGGAGGAAUCAGGAAGGAAUGGAUGACCAAUCUUGUUAAAGAUAUAUUAUAAACAGAUAAGUUUGAACUAACCACAAAAAGGUUUUAUAAAAUAAAUUCUAAUAAAAAGUCUGCUGAAGAUAUGAGUCAUUAUAGACUUUUGGGUAGAAUAGUAGCAAAAAGUAUUUAUGAUGGAUUAUUACUACCUGUUUAUUUCAUUCCAACUAUAUUUAAGAUGAUACUUCAAAAAAAACCAAGUUUUGAUGAUUUAGAACAUUACAAUGAAGGAUAUUAUGACACAUUUAUUAAAUUUAUGAAUGAUGAGACACAAGUUUAAUAUAAGGAUUUAUUUGAGUUUUGGAUUCCUGAAGAAUAUGCAUAAUUAAUUGAAUAAAACAAAAAAUACAUCUUUGCUGAUCUUCUAUAAGAAUAUUUAGAAAAGAAUCCAAUCGAAACUAAAUAAGAUUAACCAACUGAAUAACAGAAAUAAUAAGAUUAAUAAUAACAAUAAUAGUAAUAAUAAUAGUAAUAAUAGUAAUAAUAAUAGUAAUAAUAGUAGUAAUAGUAAUAAUAAUAAGAAGAACAAUUAUAAUAAGAGAAAUAGCACUAAGGAGUUCCUUUUAAAUAAGAUCUGAUGCAAUAUUUUAAAUAAAAGCAGCAAGAAAAAGAAGAACCAAAAUAAAAGAAAUAAUCGGAAGAUAUAACAGCUGAAGAUAUGGAAAAUAGAGAAAAGAAAAGAUUAAUAAGAAAGAAUAAAAGAAAAUAACUAAGUGAUGAAGCACUUAAAUAAAUUAAAUUAUAAGAUGUAUUCUUAUAAUUAUAAUCUAAUGUUACUGUGAAACAUAAAAGACUUAUCUGUGAAGUUAUAAGUAAAAAACUGAUGAUUGAAGAGAUUAAAGGGUAGAUUCUAGUGUUAAGAGAAGGAUUCUUUGAUAUUUUACCUAAAGAAUAUUUUUCUUAUAUGGAUUGGAGAGAUUUGCAAAAAUUAAUUAUUGGAGUGCCAUCAGUUGACGGUAAGAAUUUAUAAAAUAUAAUUUAGUUGAUGACCUUCAAGCGAAUACAGAAUAUGUGAAUUAUGAAAAAAACAAUUAGACUGUUUUGUGGUUUUGGGAAGUAUUAAAGACUUUAAGCGAUUCUGAGAAAUCUGAUUUCUUAAUGUUCUCAACUGGAAGUCCUUUAGUUCCAUUCGGAGGAUUUAAAAAUUUAAGAGGACCAAAUGGACCAAAAAAGUUUUCAAUAUCCAAAGACUUCAAUUCGGAACAUUUUAUUAAAGCCCACGCAUGGUAUCAUAAUUUUGUUAAUUUUUUAGUUUUAAUCGAAUUGAUUUGCCUGAAUAUAAAUCAAAAGAAAUGGUUAGAGAAAAACUAUUGAAAUCAUUAAAGGAAUCUGGAUCAGGAUUUGAUUUGAGUUGAG